AUGAUAAAUUAUCAACGUUUAUUCUUAUCAAAUAUAAUCCGUACAUUUUUGUUAUAUAUUGUAUUAUAUCCACAAUUAGUUUAUAGUCAAAUGACAGCAAUAAUAACAUAUGAAUAUUAUUCUUCAUUAUCAAAUUAUUUAAAUCUAACAUAUGAAAAUCAAACAAAUGGUGUUGUUUCAUCAAAAGGUAGUCAAAUGCAUGUUCAAAAAGGACCAGCAUUUACAUUAAUAGAUUCAUAUGGAAAAUAUGAUGCUUGUCAACAAUCUAUUAAUACAUUAAAUUAUUCGAAUGGAAUUGCUAUUAUACAACGUGGUGGAAAUUGUACAUUUAGUGUUAAAAUUACGCGUGCAAAACAAUAUGGUGCUGCAGCUGUUAUUAUUUAUGAUCCUCAAAAUAAUGCUCAAGAUACAUUUGACAUUAUACAAAAUGAUACAAAUAUAUUAUCUUUAUAUGUUCAACGAACUAUUGGUUCAUUAUUAUUUCAAUUAGCUAAUGAUCGUCGAACACAUAUAAAUAUAACAUUAGAACCAAUAAAUUCGAAUUCUGAUAAUUCAAAUCAAGAUGAUAUAUGGUAUGGUUCUCGAGGUGCAAUUAUAUUUAUUGUUGUAUCAACUUGUGUACUUAUUUUUUCAUGUUGUUCAUGGUUUAUUUUUUAUUGUUUUCAACAAAAUCGUUCUCGUUCAACUAAAGAUCGUUUAGAAAAUCGUUUAAUUAAUGCUGCUAAAAAAGCUUUAACAAAAAUACCAUUAGUAACUAUAAAUGAAAAUAUUCAAGCAGAAGAAUCAUGUGUUGUAUGCUUAGAUACAAUCAAAGAAGGUGAUAUUGUACGAGAAUUAACUUGUCAUCAUAGAUUUCAUCAGCAAUGUAUUGAUCCAUGGUUAAUUAAUCAUCGUCAUUGUCCAUUAUGUAAUCUUGAUAUACUUGCUGCAUAUCGUAUAUCAAUAGGAGGAUCAAGUGCUGAUCGUAGUUCAAUUAUAUCAGAACAUCCAAUACCAAUUCAUUAUACAUCACUUGCUACAACAUCUCCAAUACUACGUAUUGAACAUAAUAAUAAUGAUAAUGCUGUACAACAACAACAAGUUAUUAAUCAUAUACGACCGCAACCAAUUCCAACUAUAUCUGGUUUAAUAAAAGAUGAUCUACAUGGUGAAGAAAAUCCAUCAUUUCGAUUAGAUCACGAACAAUAA